GGUUUUUCUCGAGAAAAUGUGCCCCCAACCUGAGAAAGAUCAACCCCAAAGUGCCCCCUCAAGAGGCCGCCUCCAUAGCUGAAGGUCUCUAUCAUGUUAUCAAGCAGCACGGCCCUCUCACUACUCCCAACACGUGGAACCACGUCAAGGCCACAUGUAGGGAAUCUUUGAAUUCUGGGCAAGAAUUUGGGCCAUCAAGAUAUAAUGUAAGUCUUUUCAACAUUGAUAUAGGAGCCUUUAAGACGUUUUUGUGCAUGGAAAGUAUGGUGAAAUAUAUUGUUUUUGCAUAAAAUUUCAGAAUGUACUUCAACGUUAUCUCUGUUGUUCGUACAACAUUUGGCCUGAAAUUCUGUUAUGUCGUAGCCUAUGUGGAUAUGAACAUAUCUGCAAACUUUUGUGUUGAAUGGCUUUAUCAUACGAGGGAUAAAGCAAUCUCUAGUUUAUCCAGGCUUCAUUGGCAUCUCUGCCAUUCAACAUACAUUUAGCCUAAAAUUUUUGUUAGGAAAAAGUUUUUUUUAGUACGCUUGAAUAAUAUUUAAACAAUUUUGUCCCAAUUGGAUUUUUCAUUUGAGAGAAACCACAAAAUCUUACUUGACAUCAGACACUACAGCUUAGUACUCCUUGCAUUAAGAUUCAUGGCAUGAAAUUUAUAUCUCUAGAAUCUUGUUUGAUAAGCGUUCUAUGGGUAUAUUAUAUGAUUUAGAUAUUUGGUCUCUGGGAUAUGGUGCCUUAGAAUUUUGAGAUGAAUCUGGGAUUAUGAAAUCUCUGGGUUGGAGAUUGUCACAACCCUAGGAUUUGAUUAAGGUUAGAAAGGGAAGGAGAAGAGUUCAUGGGAGAGAGUAUAAUUAUGAGGGAGAGAUUAAAUAGAAUUAGGGAGAGAAGGGAUGGGACAAUGGAGAACGAGAGAGAGAGAGAGAGAGAGAGAGAGAGAGAGAGAUUGAAAUUUCAAUUAUCAAAUCAAGCAUGUUCUCUCCUCUUACAAUUGGCCUUUUUAUAGGCAUAGUAGCUAGCUGCUUAACUAAUUUUUGACAACAUCCUAAUAGCACCCAUGUACUUCUAACAACUUGUAAAAAUAUCCUAACAAAUCAUUGCAGCCCUAUUACAAUGAUGCCCUUAUAUUAUUCCUUGGGUCAUGACAAUUCCUCCCUCCUUGAGAGAGUUCUUGUCCCCAAGAACUUACAGCAACUAUUCAUUGCUUUUCAUCCAAUACCCGUUUUCUCAAUCUAUUUCAUUCUUCUUUCUUGCUUGCGCCUUUUAGGCCUCUUCUUCUUCGUUCUUAGGUUUCCAAGAUCCAUCCUAGGUAUACUUUGGCCUAGAACUUCAAUUGAAGAAAUCUGAUCGAGUUCAAGUAUGAUGUCCCCACCUUUUGCAAUAGCUGGCCGACCAAAAUCGGUCUCCCUACUCAAUACAAGGAUGGAUAAUAGACCUACAACCAUAGCUGCCUUUACUGUAUUCCCAUUCAACCCAUGGCCAAGCUCUGUUGCAAAAAUAUCAACAACAUCUUGGAAAUAUAGCGAUGAAGAAUUGUAGACUUGCCUUGGGUGCUUAGACCAAUGUUGUCUGUCAGGAUUGGAAUUAGGGGCUGCUGUGAUUUCAAUCCCAGCCAAUAGCUCCUCAGUGGCUGCCAUAAGGCCUUCAUCCCGACCUUCUUUCCUGACCUCAUUUGCAGCCCAAUUAUCUAAUGAAACUAUAUCCUUGCUCGGAUUAUCAGAUGUAUGGAAGCCAUCUAUGUAGUAGUUCUUACCUCCAAUUUGUUGUAUAGACUGAUUAACACCUGAUUUAUCAGCUUCCAGCUCUUAUAAAGUGUGAUCUAUACAAAUCUUCUCAUCCAAUCUACUUUCAUGUCUUGAAUCCUGAGUUACCAUUGAUAAAUUGGCUUUGAUUCCAGCAACAACUUCCUUAAUAUUGACUGAUUUUUCAGUUGGUUCUUCUUGGUUCCAUGCAAGUAAUCCAAUAGCUUCUUUUUCCCCGUAUUUGUCGAGAUAUUUCUCUACAUGCACUUCUCCUUCAAAAAGAUCUGUGGGCUCCUUUUAAUCUGUUGCCCUAUCAACCUGAUCAAUAUAAUUUUCCUCGAGAUUAUGCUUUUCACCACCAAAAUUAUUCCCUAUAUUGUAGCCAUCCUUCUAGUCACUACUGCCUCCAUCAGAAUGCUUCUUUUUCUGCCCAAAGUUUAGAGUAGGCAGUGAAUUGGUCGUUCGUAAUCUUAUCUCCUUUUUUGGCUGCUCUACUCCAAAGAAUUCCUCCUUGUUAAAACUUCUGUGAUAAUUAUCAAAAUAUUCCACCAGAAAGUUGUGAUGAUACUUCUUAAUAAGUAUCAUCGCAAGCUCUUGCAGCUUCUCGCGUAUCAUAAGGCCAAAUUGCUUGCUCGUAUCAUGUACCCCACUGGUUGCUCUCUUGUCCCAUUGGUUGAUCUCAUUCUUAAACUUCUUUUCCCCUGUUUGUUACUUUUGGCCAACUGAAAAUGUAGCACUCUUCUGCUGCAAUUGAGGCUCCAUUUGUUUCAUGUGUGCACCGCUUCCCAAAUCUUCAUGGGCAGGAUAUCCCACUGAAAAUGCAACAUCCUUCAGCUGCAAUUGAGACUCCAUUGGUCUCCUUUGUGCACUACUCCUCUUGGCUGAAAUCUCACUGGUUGGAAAAGCAAUAGGCCAAGAAACCACAACUCUUUCCAUCCUAAUUCCCCACACUUCCCUUCUGUAAUUGCCUCACCUAGUCACCUCUAAAAUUGAUCCAAUAAGUGGCAAGUUGCAGCCACUGUUUUGCUUCAAGGUCAAGUCUAUUGUAGCAGCGGAAGAAGCCGCACAAUUACAGCAACUUGAUUGGCCCUCUAGAGUCACCCAGGGCUAUCUAAUCUCCUGACUCGCCUGCUGCAAUGAUUCCCUAUACUUGUUGGAAUCGCCCUUGGACUCGCCUUCCUCAAUCCAUUGUGCAGAUUCACAAUUAAGAGUCACCGAAGGCCCUGUCGGGACAAAUUAGCCUAGUCGCCUCUAUAGAAAUUAAUGGCGGUUCUUCUCAACCCUAUCAUCACCAGUAUUCACACGUUGUUCCUUCUUGCUAAAAGUGAAUUUAGGAUCGCCCGCCGCUACUCAAUCACCGACCAUUGGACCAAUGGAGUUGCCUCUUGUUGCGCUUGCGGAGAUCCGAACACUGACUGUCAGAAUCAAUUGGUCAAGUCGCCCUUAGCAUAGUCUCUCGAAUGGAUUGACUCCAAUUGCACCACCAGAACGGAUCGACUCCAUUAUUCAAUCCACUCUUUGUUGUGUCCCGAAUUGCUUCCUGCGAUCCGUUCCGUUCCGCAACCAAUUCACCUAUCAGUGUCGUCAACUUGGAUGGAAUUCCCGCACCUAUCGUUUGCUUCAGUUUGCGAAUCCUCUUGGCUUGCUCGUCUUCAAGUCUGGUCCAAAUUGUCGGAGUCUUAGCUUAGCCGUGAGCCAAUCCUCAUACUUCUCCUUCGCGUCUUCACUGGAAGUUGCUGCUUCUUGAAUCGCCUUCAAGCGAUGAACCAGGAUUGCCAAAGUUUCGCCAAACCGACUUUGAUCACCAUCGAAGCCAAUCGGCCAGUGCAACUGUGGGUUCCCUGUCGCUGAAUCGCUCCUGGGAGCCACCUAGAAUCACCGGCUUUGAAUCUUCAACCAAGAUUGCUUAAUCUUGGACAAUUGCAAUUGCCUUGGGUCUGCUCGCAUCGCCUCGGACUUAGUCCACUUCACGCUUGUCACUUAUGACCAGCUUCGCCCUUAAUUCUGACCCAAAAUCGUCGGAAAUGUUUUUGGAUGUUAAACGCAACUAACACCGUGCUGGAAUCUGCUUCACCUUCACGCGUCGCUUGAUAAUUUCUGUUGAAUCGGUGGUUAGAUUUGCUACUAGGAAGCGCCUCUAGCUCCGCCUCUUGAAUGGAUUAGCUUCUGUUGUGGUUCGGCAGUCCACAAUUCCCAGCCAAUCGUGGUGGGUCACUGCGAUUCACCUAUUCGAUCACGAUUGUUAGGAUCCUGAUGGCUCAGAUCUGCCUCCAAUACGUGACUGAACAGAAUUCACUACUAGAAACGACGGAAUCACAGUCGAGGAACAAUGCUCUGAUACCAAUUUAUCACAACCGUAGGAUUUGAUUAAGGUUAGAAAGGGAAGGAGAAGAGUUCACGGGAGGGAGAGUAGAAUUCUGAUGGAGAGAUUGAAUAGAAUUAGGGAGAGAAGGGAUGGGAAGAGGAGAGAGAGAGAGAGAGAGAGAGAGAGAGAGAGAGAGAGAGAAAUUGUACAGAGAGAAAUUGAAAUUGAAAUUAUCAAUUCAAGCAUGUUCUCUCAUCUUAUAAUUGGCCUUUUUAUAGGCUUAGUAGCUAGCUGCUUAACUAAUUUAUAACAGCAUCCUAAUAGCACCCAUAUGCUUCUAACAACUUGUAAAAAUAUCCUAACAAAUCAUUGUAAUCCUAUUACAAUGAUGCCCUUCUAUUAUUCCUUGGGUCAUGACAGAGAUGAGCCAGGAAAUCUUUAUUAAGGCUACUCUCACCUAGGGUGAGUGUGGCUUUAACUCAUCUGGUGUGAGCAAAUGAGCAUGAAAUCUGAUUCUACAUAUGAUGAUGCAGUGAGAAGUGUGAAAACGAAUGAUGUACACAAUUAAACCUUAAAUUUUGUAUAAACAAGACCAGAUAGUAGACAAAAAAUCUAAAGAAUAAAAAUUUUAUUAUGAAAAAUUGUUAUACACCCAUCUAGUGGAUUAAGGUCAUCUGAAAAUUGUUGAUGUUAUAUGAAAAUUUUGUUAUACACAGGGUAUUUAUAGAGAAUACAAAAGAAAGCUUAAUUUGUAUCAAUGUUUUCAAAAGCGCUAAGCAGUGUAUUAAAAGGCGCUAGGUGCUAGUCGGGGCCUAGGCGGAGGCUAGAAAAAUUUGAAUUUUUUUUUAAUUGAAGAAACUUGCAAUAGAAACCUAUAUAUAUAUAACCAAUAACCUCACUUAAUAUUCAAAAUAACAAUAACAUAUCAUGCUAUAACUACAAAAUAAUCAAAUUAAAACAAUAAAAUAGCAAAAUAACUUUUAUUUUAUAAUAUAAUGAAAACAUAAAUUAUUUUCUGCAAAAUAACCAAUAACCUUAUAUAAUUUUUUGUUUUCGAUCUUCUUCAUCAUGUAAAAAUGCAUAUAUUAUAUAAUUAAUAAUAAUUAAAACUAAAUAUAUAUCUAAUAUAUAAAUAGAACAGAAAAAUAAAAUAAAAUAAAAAAUGAAAAAUAGAAACAAUGCAACAGAGAGAAAGAGCAAUGAAUAACCAUAGACCCAGAGAGAGGGGGGGGGGGGGGUUACGAAGGAGAUAGAGCUUGCUGGUGGGGGAGAUGGAGUUUGACGGCGAGGACGCGGCGGCGGCACGUUCAGGCAGCGAGGAGUACGCAAAUGGCAUAGAGGUAAUGUUGAUGAAGCUUGACGGCGAUGAUGGAGCUGGAGGCAGCGAUGGCGGUGAGUACUGGCAAGCUGAUGGCGUUGAGGCAGCGGCGGCCUUGGGGUGAGACGGGGAGAGGCUGAGAGACGAGAUUAAGAAAUAAAAUACCUUAAAAUUAGCUGAUAUAUAAAGCAAAAACUUGGGCGGUCUAGGCGGUGCGGGUCGCCUAGGCGCCGGCUGGGCUGCCUAGACGUUGCCGCGGUUGAUUAAUCGGGCCGGCGCCUAGGAGGCCCAACUAGGGCAUACUCGGGGUGGCCAGUGGCCGCCUAGCUCCUAGGCAGCCGCCUAUAGCGAUUUUUAGAACAUUGGCGCUAAGGGCACUUUAUGUAGAAGGCCUACGGAGCUUAUGCUCAAAGCGAAGCACACACUUAAGUGAAGUGAAACACACAUAAAUGAAAUAAAGAGUAUAAACUUUUAGAAGAAUUAAAAAUAUAAACUAUUAAAAAGUCAUUAAAAAAUUAAAUAAGAAUGAGAGCUGCAAAUUUAACAAAAUAUGAGAUUCCAUUUUUCAUUAUAUUUUAUACCCAUUUGCAAGUUCAUACAAUCCUAGCAAAAAAAAGCAUGAUAUACAACAAACAUAAAUGAAUUAGUAAUCCCGAAUUUACACCUAAUUGCAUGUUCUAAAAUAUUUGUUGCUCUGUAAAUACAACUAAGUCUCCCUUAUUUUUUAUAAAGUAUAUAUAAUUCUAUUCAAAUCCUUUUAAGGUUUGAUUAUUGCUUUUUUUUGGGUAAGGAUUUCAUAGAAGUAGCUGCACCAUUGCAAAAAUUUAAACAAAUCCAAUCAUUCAUGUUGUCUGAUAAUAAAAAAAAAGAAAAAAACAAGCGUAUUUUUGAAGCGUGCUUUGUAGCCCUUCAAAGCUCAAGUAAAAGUGCAACUUAAGCACACUUUAAUCAUGCUCAACUAAAGACGCUGAGCUUCAUGCACAAAAAUCCCUAAGCAUUCCUUUGCUCUUAAAGCAUGUUUUUUUAAACACUGAUUUGUAUGACACAACUCUCCUAAUUUGUAGGAAAACAACUCUAACUUGGACAUUAAAACAAUCUAUACUUGGACUCUAUGUUAACUUGGUCACCUAAGUUAUAGGUAUCAUCUUUCUAGACCUUAUCUAGUAAGAUAAUCAAACUUAUACAUUUAUUUUAUAAAAUAAUUGAUAAAAUUAAAUUUAUUUUUAAAAUACUAAAAUUAAAAUUAUAAAAUUUUUAUCAUAUGGGUCCUGCAAUAGUCCUCUCAUAGGUUCAAAAUUUCAACUCAAAAUUUUUAUUUUGAUGGCACUAAGUGUUAGAUUAGUCUUAGCUAAACAACCACUAAAUGCACAUUCUACAAGAAGUAACGUUGAGCACACCAAAAUUACGAAAAACACCUAUUUCAUUUUUUUCUUAAAAGUUUCCACCAUUACAAUGGAAUUUGCUUGGAGAAUGCAGACUCCUUCUCAGGUUAGUCACUUUACUUAAGCCUGGAUGAAUACCAAAUUGUACCCAUAUAGUCUAUUUGAAGAUGAGUCACAUGAUAGUCUCACACCUGUCAUGUGUCUAGUAAUUGACACCCCCUACUGCAUAGAGGUUUGUAGUAGUUGACAUCCCCAAUUAUCUUAGGGAACUCUUAGCCUCUUGGAACAAAUCCACAUGUUUGUUUGAGCAACUAGUCUAAAUUACUCACAGUUCUCAUACUAUCAAUUUCAUGGCGUGUUUGUGAUUGUGCGCAAAAUCACCUAAUAUGUUCUCGCACGCUUACAGAAAUUAUUGAUGCCCUCAACUAGGUCAUGCCACCCAUGUGAAGUUUUUGUCAUGGUUGACAUGUCUAUAGUUAUUGCCUUAUUGGUGGUGCUUGGCAUCGACUCACCUUGCUUUAGUUUGCUUUGCUUGGUGCAAUUACUUUUGCAAACUUCCUAGUUAUAUAUGCACUAGGACUCUUUCCAAUGUUGGUGUUGAGCAUGACAUUAAUAUGGCUGAGCAUGUGAGCAUGGGCACACCAUGUGCGUGCCCUGCUAGUUAGCAUACUAAUGGAUUCAUGUAGUCCACACAUCCCAAUGAUAUGCUUGCAUCAUUAUUGCACCUUGUUUUAGGUGUGCCUUCCUCACGUCUCUUGUGUGGCCUAGACCACUACAACAUUUGCCCCACCUAGGCAUACUUCUUCAUGCUUUGAGUGCAACAUGGGCAUAAGGUGUUGGCCUCUGUCUUGUGAUGUUCACAUCCCCAACAAAGCGAAGGCCUAAUGUAGAUGGAGUUUGAGAUCACAAGGAGGCACAUGAAUGGUAGUUGACACAAAUGCCUCAAACUUGUUCAAUUUUUAGGAUGCAACUAAGAACUGGAGGUUGUGGACAGAGAAGGGCAUGGGUUGGUUCAAGGCAGUUGGCCCAAGGGAGGUUCUUCCAUUGUUGUUGCAACUUGCACGAGACAUAGUGUCAGGAACCAGUCCUGACCUAGGGUUUGUUUGAAGAUAAAACUGAGAACGAGAGAGAAAGAGGGAAAAAUGAGGAAGAAAACAGAGAGAAAUUAGGGAGAGAAUUGAAGAGAGAAAGAAUUCAAUUUUGUUAUUGCUCAACAACCUCCAAAGUAGUCUCGAGUAGCUUUUAUAGCUACUCUUUAAGGCAGUUGUUUCAGUUACAUUUUGUAACUGAAAGUGUACAGCUAUCAACUAAAAUAACAGAAAAAUUAACAGUUGGUAACUACUCUUCCUGAGAAAUAAUCUGCAACACAUGAGAUCUUGACAUUCCCCCCUCCUUUAAAAUUUUCUUGUCCACAAGAAAUUAAAGAAACUGGGCAGCCUGAGAAAAUUCGGCGAGAAGGUCCAGUAGAUACUCCCAAGUGGUAUGAUCCGAAUGCAAAUGGGACCAUUGGACUAACACCUGUGUAACUGUGUAAGUGGUAGAGUAUCCUUAUAAGUCACCCUUUUGUCCAAGAUAGCCAAGGGCUCAACCUCAACCUCAACCUCAACCUGAUGGUCAUCAGGUAUAGGGGGUAAGGCAAUGCUAGAUAAAUCUUGAGGACCAAUUGUUUUCUUGAGUAAAGAAGCAUGGAAGACUGGGUGUAUGGUAGUGUUGGAUGGCAGCUGCAAUUUGUAAGCAACAGGACCCACUUUAGCUAUUAUUAGAAAAAAGGGGAAACUGACCAGCACUCAAGGAGGGCACAACCAGGAGGGUAGGCUGUAAACUGACCUGCACUCAGCCCCUAUCAGUAACCGUGGCCAAUGGUAACAAAGUGAUAAGCAAAUCUGCAUGUGUUGGGUUUUGUUAGGAAAUGCAAGGAGAGGAGUUUGAGGUUGACUUGAGAUUGUCAAAGUUAGGAGGGUGUGACAUUGUAUUGGGGGUGGACUGGAUGAAAAAUGUGAGCCCCAUAAUUUUCGAUUUCAACAAGAUGGAGGUGACUUUUGAAAAGGAUGGCAAGAAGAUGACCCUUACUGGCAGCUUGGAAAUAGGAGCAUGCAAGAAAGAGGUUACAAAAGAUGCUCAAGAACAAGCUGUCCCAAGUGGAACAAUUGUUCUCUAUUUAGGCCAUGGAGUAUUCAGAGGAGAACUCAGAACAAGGAGGAGAACUCAUGCUGACAGUCAACAACCCACUUCAACCCAACUUAAAGGUACAAGAGCUUGAUUCUCUUAACAUAUUGUUAGUUGAGUUUGGGGAUUUAUUUGUAGAGCCCGAUUCCUUACCACCCCAAAGAUCCCUUGACCAUUCCAUUUCACUCCACUCAAACCCAACAACGAACCUGCCAACAUAAGAUCCUACCGAUAUCCACCAAUUCAAAAGACUGAAAUUGAAAAAAUGGUCAAGGAAAUGCUCUAGAAAUCCAUCAUUAGACCUAGCCUCCUCCCAUUUGCAUCGCAUGCGUUCCUUGUUAAAAAGGAGGACAGUUCAUGGCAAUUCUAUGUUGACCAUUGUCAACUCAACGCCAUGACAGUUAAGAACAGGUUCCCUAUUUCCAUCAGUGUUGUUAAAGGCGCGCCUAGGUGCAAGGCCCCUCAAGGCGCAGCCAUCUCGCCUUGCCAUGUCUAGGCGAGGCGAGAUCCAGCUAGGCGCGCCUAGGCCCUUCAGGCGUGCCUCCCUCAGGCGCACAUCCAUUAGGCGCACAUGUCCAGCUGAAAAAUCAGCAUGUUUUAUUUUUUGAACAUUUCUGUUAAAACUUAAAGAGAGAAAAUAAUAAAAUACAAUAUUGAAAAGUCAACAAAACUUAAAAAUAUGGUGUUCCAGCUCAUCUGAUUUCUAGAAGGCCAAGAGACUACACCUCCAAGGCUCCAAAACUCUCUUACGCAGCACUCUUUUCUCUCACGCAACACAGCAACUGCAACUCCUCAAGUUCUUCUCCAGUUCUCUAGUUCUGAUUGAGGUGCUUCUGCUUCUCCAGGCCAAGGUAACAUAUCGACAAUCCCUUCUUCUUCUUCUUCUUACACUGCUGGCAGGUGCUAGCCUGCUUCUUCUUCGGCAAUCCUUGUUGCUUCUUCUUCUUCUUAUUACGCGACUGCUUCUUAAUCUUACGUUGCUGCUAUCCUUCUUCUUCUUACACGGCGGCUUCUUACGUUGCUUCUAUCCUCCUACUCCUUCUUCUUCUUCUCCUGCUAUCCUUCUUCUUCUUCUUCUUCCGCUGCUGCUAAAAUUCUUCUUCUUCUUACGCUGCUGCUACUGCUAGCCUGCUUCUUUUUCUUUUUCUUCUUCUCUUCCUCUGCUUCUUCUUCUUCUUUCUUACGCUGCUGCUACUUCUUCUUCUUCUUCUUCUUCUUACGCUGCUGCUUCCAUAUUUAGGCUAAUGGUAGCUUCGAUAUCCUUGUUGCUGCUUCUUCUUCUUCUUCUUCUUCUUACGCUGCUGGCAGUUGCUAGCUUGCUUCUUCUUCGGCAAUCCUUGUUGCUUCUUCUUCUUCUUCUUCUUCUUAUUACGCGACUGCUUCUUAAUCUUACAUUGCUGCUAUCCUUCUUCUUCUUACACGGCUGCUUCUUACGUUGCUGCUAUCCUUCUGCUCCUUCUUCUUCUUCUCCUGCUAUCCUUCUUCUUCUUCUUACAUUGCUGUUACUGCUAGCUUGCUUCUUUUUCUUCUUCUUCUCUUCCUUUGCUUCUUCUUCUUCUUUCUUACGUUGUUGCUACUGCUAGCCUGCUUCCUUUUCUUCUUCUUCUUCUUCUUCUCUUCCUCUGCUUCUUCUUCUUCUUUCUUAUGCUGCUGCUGCUACUUCUUCUUCUUCUUCAGUUAUUUUUUUUUUAAUUUUUAUUUGUUGAUGCCUGCUACUGCUUCUUCUUUUUCGUUUUUCUUUUAACAUUUUAGGGCAUAAUUUAGCCUUAGUUUUUACAAAUUUUCAAGUAUACUCAUAUAGAAUUGCAGCAUUUAGAAAUAGAAUAGAAGUUUUAAUCCUUAAUUGGAUCCUAUGCUUGAUUAGAAAUAGAAUAAAAGUUUGAUCUCUACUACUUCCCUGGAUUUCUUCUUUCCCCUCCCUGAAAUUUUUUCUCUUCUCCUUCAAUCUUCUGCAAUACUUCUUGUUGUCCUGCAUCAGUUCUCCAUUCCAGAAAAUCCCACCGCUAAUUAGAAUUCUUUUUCAACCCCUCCCUUCCUUGGUUGAAAUUCAGCCACUUAUUGAUCCAUGCUUCUUUUCAGAAUUUUUUUACAAUGUUUUUUCAAAUUUAUGACUCCUUGCUUAUGAUCAUUAUGGCAGAUAUCCUAAUCCUAAUGGCAUCUGAUUCAGAUGCUCCUAGUGGCUCCUUUGGCAGUGGUAGAAAAGAUCCAGCAUGGAAAUAUAACACAUUGCCAGAUCCAAAGGACAUAAACUCUUUAAAAUGUAAUUUUUGUGGAAAAAUAACGAAAGGAGGGGUUUACCGAGCUAAACACCACCUUGUUGGAGGGUAUAGGAAUACCAAAGUUUGUCCAAAAUGUCCUUCACAUGUUAAAGAAGAAAUUAGAGAGUAUAUGUCGAAAAAGCUAGAAGAGAAGAACAAUAGUGAUGUUAUACUAGAUUUUGACGACAUUGAUACCCUUGGAGAUGAUGAUGAAGUGGUUUUUGAAAGAGGUGUUAAAAGGCCUAUGUCUUCAAGUUCAAGUCAAGGUUUUACUAUGCAACAAAAAAAGCAAAGGAUGAAAGGGCCUUUGGAUUUGCUUUUGCCUCCUAAACCUAAAGUGAGCACUGGGAAGCAAACAACAAUGGAGACCCAUGUCAAUAAAGAACUGAGGGAGAAUGCUUGCGUUUGGUUUUCUAGAUGGAUGUAUGAAGCUGGCUUGUCUUUCAGUGCAGUCAAGUAUCCAAUUUUUAAGCCAAUGAUUGAGGCUAUUGGUCGAGCUAGUCCAGGCAUGAAACCUCCUAGUUAUCAUGAGGUGAGAGUUCCUUAUCUUAAGAAGGAGUUGGUACACACAAAUGAAAUUAUGAAGAGUCAUAAGGAGGAUUGGCCUAAAUAUGGAUGUUCCCUUAUGUGUGAUGGUUGGAAGGAUAAGAGAAAGAGAUCUUUGCUUAACUUUUUGGUAAAUUAUCCAAAGGGAAGCAUGUUCAUUAGAUCCAUUGAUACUUCCUCAUAUGCCAAGGAUGCUGUUAAAAUAUUUCAAUUACUUGACCAGUUUGUAGAGGAAGUAGGUGAAGCAAAUGUGGUUCAAGUUGUGACUGAUAAUGCCUCGGCUAAUAUUUUAGUUGGCAAGUUUGCUAUCUUUUAACUUUUACCUUUGAAUGAUGUUGAUGUUAGUUUAAUGACAGAUCUUUAACUCGUCUUAUAGGAGACUUCUUAAUGGCUAAGCGAAAACACUUAUAUUGGACACCAUGUGCUGCCCAUUGCUUAGACCUAAUGUUAGAAGAUAUUUUUAAACUUCCUAUAUUGAAGAAGACUUUUCAAAAAGCACGUGCAGUAAAUGGAUUCUUGUAUAGCUCUACACAAGUGUUGAAUAUGAUGAGAACAUUCACAAAAAAGAGAGAUGCUAAGACCUGGGAAAACAAGAUUUGCCAUGGCUUUCCUCACCCUUUCAAGACUUCAUAAACAAAAAGCCAACUUGAGGAAGAUGUUCAUUUCAGAAGAGUGGACUAACUCUAAAUUUGCAAGAGAAGCACGGGGUAAGCUCGCAUCUCAAACAGUGUUACAAGAUUCAUUUUGGAAAAAUGUUCUUUAUGCUCUCAAGGUGUCAGGGCCACUUGUCAAGGUGCUUAGAGUGGUAGACAAUGAGGAUAAGCCUGUUAUGCCUUAUAUUUAUGAGGCUCUGGAUAGGGCAAAAGAAGCCAUUGCAAAAUCUUUUGAUGAUGAAAGGAAAUACAAGCUAAUAUUUGAAAUCAUUGGUGGGAGGUGGAAUAUUCAACUGCAUCGUCCUCAACGUGCAAUCGGAUAUUACUUGAAUCUAGAAUUUUUUUAUUCAAAUGUAAACAUUGGAGAAAAUCAAGAGAUUAUUGAUGGGUUGUAUCAAAUCAUAGAGAGGUUGGUUCCCACUGCAGAGGUGCAAGACAAAAUUUCUAAAGAGCUAAGCUUGUAUAAAAAUGCUGAAGGCAUAUUUGGAAAACAAAUAUGCCUAAGAGGAAGGAAUCAAUUGGCACCAGGUAAUAUGGUUUUUUAAUUAAUAAUGUAAGUAAGUCUAAUCAUUAGUCUACAACUGGCAAUUUUCAAUUACUGAUUAUGGUAUAUUUUUUCCUAGUUGAAUGGUGGUCUCAAUUUGGUACUGUAACCCCUAAUUUGCAAAAGUUUGCCAUCAAGAUAUGUAGCCUGACUUGUAGCUCUUGAGGUUGUGAAAGGAAUUGGAGUGUCUUUGAGCAUGUAAGAGUGUUUUUUCUUAUUCUUAAUAUUCACCGCUAAAGGAGAAAUAAUAGUGACUGUGAGUAGCCACUCCCAUGAUCAAAGGAAGGUACAUGAGACUGACUCUCUUUAUAUACUUUUGAUUGAGUUCAAGGACCUCUUUAUGGAACCCAACUUCCUUCCACCCGAGAGACCCUUUCACCACACUAUAAAUCUUAAGCCAAACACAGAGCCUGUCAAUGUAAGGUCUUACCAUUACCCACCAAGAUAGAAAAUCGAAAUUGAAAUUUGAAACUCACAAGAGACAUGUUGCACAAGUCUAUUAUUCAACCAAGCCACAACCUUUUUGCAUCACCCGUAUUACUUGCCAAAAAGAAAGAUAGUUCGUGGAGGUUUUAUGUUGACUAUUGUCAACUAAAUGCCAUAAUCAUCAAAGACAAGUUCCUUAUGCCUAUUGUGGAAGACUUGUUUGAUGAGCUUAAAUAUGCUACUGUUUUUACAAAACUAGACCUUAGAUUAGACUGCCAUCAAAUUUGAAUGAGGCUUGAAGAUAUUCCCAAAACAGCCUUCAAAACCCACCAAGGGCACUGUGAAUUCUUAGUUAUGCCUUUGGUCUCACCAAUGCCCUAGCUAUCUUUCAGGUGCUGAUGAAUCGGAUUUUUGAGCCCUAUCUUCGCAAAUUCAUCAUAGUGUUUUUUGAUCAUAUUAUAAUUUAUAGCCCUUC